AUGAAAUACUCACUUCUCUGGUCAGCCACACUUGUGCUUCUGUCCUCAGGUCUCUGCCAUGGAGCCGGUUUCGUCACUGUUGACGUCCUUCGUGGGAUAACAGGAGGGAGUGUGACCUUCACAACAUCUGUGAAACCGACCGCAGAGCCGUUCCUGGCACUGACCUGGGGCUUCAACGGCACCACCAAUGUGAUCACUUCCACCACUGUGGACGUCGUGGGACAAGGCUACGAGAACCGGGUUGAAGUGGAUAAAUCCACUGGAUCUCUGGUGCUGAGACAUCUGACAGAGAAGGACAGCGGAGAAUACGAGUUGAUGAUCAUCCCAAAUGGAGGAGAGCAGAUUCAAGGAACUGCCAAGCUGGAAGUAUUGACCCCAGUGUCAAAACCCACCAUGGCCUGUCCCACAGGGAACCUAAUAGAGGCUAAAACCUCUGUGAAACUAGCCUGUGAUGCCAACGGCUUGGUGAGCAGAGAGUGGAUGAAAGAUGGAAAACCUGUUGCUCCUGGAGGCAGAUUCAGUUUUCACGAGGGCAACAGAGUGUUGUCCAUCAGCCCAGUGGACCGGCUGGAUACUGGAGGGUUUCUCUGUAACGUCAGCAAUGAUAUCAGUUUUGAAACAACCAAUUGCAGUCUCAAAGUCUUCUAUGGACCUGACAGACCGAUAAUCGAUCAGACGCCAAUCGGAGCAGAGCUGGAGGAUAGGGUCACUCUGAGGUGCUCUGCUGACUCGCUGCCAAAGGCGACUUACUACUGGAGAUUCAAACACAUGCUGAUAUACGGGCCUGUGCACUUCAUCCACGAGAUGGAAGAGAGGCACCUGGGGAAGUACACCUGCACCGCCCAAAACACUGUCACUGGUCUGGAAACCUCUGAGGUCCACAAACUGCAUGGUACUUAAGCUCUCUUUCUCUCUUUUGCAUGC